CGCCUCCUCUUCCUCAGGUUUACCAGAACAAGUCAACAUGUGCGAUGACUGUGGUAUUUCCGACAGACGUCGGUCAGCAGCUCCUUUACUGUGAAACCUGCACAACAAUUGAAUAGAAGGAAGCGCUGCGCACUGACUUUUCCUCCCCACAAAGACGCACUUCCCUUCAGCACUUCCAUUCCACUCAUCUGAAGCUGGAGGACGCGUGAACGCUGCAGCACAGUAACAUGGACGCCCUGCUUUUGGCUUUAUUGAUCCUUCUGAGGCUCAGCUGUGUGUCUGGUUUCCUCAUCACGCUGAGCCCCAGGAGCUUGUGUCUCAUACCACAAGGUCAGGUCGUCACCCUGGGCCGCUGUGAUGUCACUAACCCCGCCCAUCAUUGGGGAUGGAUAGAUGGAGCCAGGCUGAUCCACACGCAGUCCUCCAGGUGUCUCUGGGCUGAUCCCAGACCUCACCUGCCACGCCAUACCCGCCUCGCCAAGCUCAGCAACUGCAGCAGUGCGCUGGCGUGGAGCUGCUACGGCACAGAGGGCACGCUGGGACUGGCUGAGACACACAUGUACCUGAAGAAACUGGGAUACUGGGUGGUGGCCGCAGAAAACCCACAGACUUCAAAGUGGAUGAGGUAUGAUGUGGACUCAGGAGGGAAUCAGCUGAUCACGUCCUUAUGUCCUGAGACAGACACAACUUCAGUCUCCACUAUCUUUUAUUCAUCCACACAUAAACCUGUGGGCAGCACCAUCAGAAGUCCCGCCAUAACUGUGAUCAAUGAGCAAUUAUCAAACACAGUAAAAACCCACAGAACCACCAGAUGGAUCCCCACCUUACACGCCCACACAUCGAUAACUGGUGGCACUUCAAUGUAUGUAAACGAUGGGACCAGGCCUCGGACCAGGAGGUCGGUAACAGCAGGUUUUCAUUCUGAUGCUUCAACUCCAGUCACGGAGCUUCCAGCUCUGAACAGCAGCCGCAUAUCCUGGUCCAGUCCAGCUGUGUUUACCACUGACCGAUCUGCAGAGAGUUCGUCUGGACUGAAGACUGACGCCAGCACCACAUCUGUGUACCGGCAGAGUUCCACCACAUGGACUGGACGUGAGUCACCAGAAGCCAGUGCAGAUACUCUGGUUUCCACCACAGUUUCAUCCCAGGUGACCACAGGAGGAAAAACUGGUUUCACAGCCGCUUCUCCUGACUCGGCUUUUGCUGGAUCCACAUCUGCUGUCGUGCCAUCUGACACCACGUCUUCACCACCCUCCACCUCUCAUGUACUUUCCAUAGCAAAUAUGACGUCUGCCGUGGAGACGGCUACACCAUCCACUCAUCAUGCCCUGCCUACGACCUCCAUAACUCCAUCCCCAGGCACCUCGAUGCUGCCUCCAGUCUCCAGAGUUCAUCCAAAAACUUCAGCAAGCACCACAACUCCAACUGUUGCACCCACAUCUCCAACAGCCAGGGUGAUGUCUACAGGGAGCAUCACCACUUCAGCUCCAACAGCCCCACCCACAACCACACCUGCAACUAUAACCGAACCCAUCCCCACUGCUGUAACAAUGCCUGUAACUACAACCGAACCCGUCGCCACUCCUGUAACCACAACUACAGCGAUUACAGCUCCUCCGACCACCACAACUACAUCGGCUAUUACAGCUCCCCCUCCAACCACAACCAUGACCAAUUCCAUCCAAACCACUCCAACCACCACCACAGCCAGUACAAUUCCUGCAGCUACAACCACGACCAGAACAAUGACCACGAGCCCUACAACAGCAACUACACUUCAGACCACAGCUUCUGAACUGACCACAGCGACAGCUGUUCAGACCUCUGCUGUUUCCUGCUGCUCGGUGAACCUGACCCAGAUCAGCUCCGGGCCACGCUCCGCUGCAGUCACGUUCACCACCGGCGGUCGGUCCUGUAACUUCAGCCUGGUUACCGAGCAGAACUCCCGGGCUCAUUCCACCGACUGCGACCCGUAUGGAGAGACCGAGACCGCCUUCAUCUGUAACGUCACGGGUCUGGAACCCGGGACUUUGUACCGGUUAACGGUGGUUUCCAGGAAGGACGGAGAGAGGAGCAAUGCAUCAGUGCGCACAGACCCGGUCAGCCCGGCUCAACUGGACAUCCAGCUGGAUCCGGCUCAGUAUAAAAGCCUGUCUACAGCUCAGAGUGCUUUACCGGGUCUGACAGUGUUCUGGUCUCGUGCUGCUGGUCACGUGGAUUGGUAUGAUCUGACUCUGAAGGACGCCAGCUCCAGGUUCAUCUCCAGCACCAGAGUCAUGGGCUCUGCAGCGCCCCAGUCUGGGUUCAGCUCCCUGCUCCCUGGCACUCUGUAUACCGUCAGCGUGGUGGCCAGAGCUGGGAACAAGAGCGCUGCACCUGUCCACGCCACAGCAGCUACAGCCCCCUCCCCUGUCCAUGACCUGCAGGUGGCCUCCUCAUCCUCAGACAGCCUCAGUGUGUCCUGGCAGGCGGGUCUGGGCAGAGCUGAACAGGUUGGGGUUCUGCUGACGGACCAGGACGGAGUUCUGAUGAAGAAUGUCAGUCUGCAGAACGAUGUGACCUCCACCAAGCUGAGCAGCCUGCGGCCGGGCACCCGGUACACCAUCACCGUGGUAACCAAGGCUGUCGGUCUGCAGUCCUCCGCCUCCAAACAGGCUGUCACAGUCCCAGCAGCAGUGUUAGGUCUGAGGCUGGACAACAAUGGCAGCUCAGACCAUCUGCUGGCCUCCUGGGCGUCACCUGAAGGCGGUGUGGAUUUCUACCUGGUGACCCUAUCAGCUCCGGGUUCAACCCCACAGCAGCAACGCUUGCCUCCCAACAUCACCCAUGUGGUCUUUGAGGGCCUGACCCCUGGUCGCAGCUACCAGCUAACAGUCCAGACCACAGCUGGAGGGGAGAGUACAGAGACCAGGACCAGAGGCAGGACAGUACCUGACCAGGUGUCGGCUCUCUCCAUGUCGCCUCUUGGUAGCGACAGGACGCUGCGGCUCAGCUGGGCGCCCCCCUCAGGUGACUGGGAGAACUACAGCGUCCUGCUGAGGAACAGUUCGGCGGUGCUGGUGAACCAGACCGUCAGUAAACACAGCAGAUGGUUCGUGUUCUCUGGCCUUGGUCUGGUGCCAGGACGAGUCUACAGGGCAGAGGUCACAGUUCAAAGCGGCCUUCUGGGUAACAUGGCGCACUGCCACGGACGACUGGCUCCGCAGCCCGUGCAGCAGCUGCUUGUCCGUCACGCUGAUGAAACCACUCUGAGCGUCCUGUGGAGUCAACCUAUCGGCGAGUGGGACACCUUCACUGUGUUCCUCAGGCAGGCAGACUCCGCCACCAUGGUGGCUCAGAGGAUCCUCCCCUGGCAGUCCAGAGAGUGCACCUUCAACACCCUCACCUCAGGAUGCCUAUACACCAUUACCGUGACAACCAGCAGUGGCAACCUGAGUAGCUCAGCCUCUGUGACGGCGUGGACCACUCCAGCUCAGGUCAGCAGGCUGCAGGUCUCUAACGCCGGCACGACUGACAGCCUGCAGGCGCAUUGGGGACGAGCCACCGGAGACCUGGACUCUUAUCAGGUCCUGCUGGUCCAUGACAGCAGCGUCAUUAAGAAUGAGAGCGUACAGGCCAACACCACCAGCAUCAGCUUCAGCUCUCUGAGACCCGGAGCGCUGUACAGGGUGGUGGUGACCACCGCCAGAGCCGGACACAGCUCCAGACAGAUUGUGGCAGAGGGGCGCACCAUUCCCGCUGCAGUCCGUGAGGUACGGGUCAGCAAUAACGGGCGUAUGGACUUCCUGAGUGUGUCGUGGCGUCCGGCUGCAGGUGAGGUCGACAGUUACUUGGUGAGUCUGAGGGACCGGGAGGAGACAGUUCACAGCCUGGCUGUUUCUAAGUCCAGUCCGGAGUGUGUCUUUAACUCUCUGGUGUCCGGACGCCUCUACAACAUCUCCAUCACCUCCCUCAGCGGCAGCUACCAGAACCACACCUUCGUCCAGGAGAGGACACAGCCGUCGAAGGUCCAGGACCCAACCGCGACCCAUGGCGCUCGGGACGACUACCUGAGGGUUUACUGGCGUCACGCUGCCGGAGAUUUUGACUUCUACCAGGUGUUCAUCAAACACAACAAUGUGUUCCUGCAGAACCAGACGGUGCUGAAGACUCAAAGCGAGUGUGUGUUCAAUGGCCUGGUGCCUGGAAGACUCUACACCGUGCUGGUGAACACCUGGAGUGGGAAGUACGAAACCAGCACCUCCACCCACGGCAGGACCUUCCCGGCAGCGGUCCGGUCCCUGGUCCUGGCUGGAUGGGGUACCGAGGACCUGAGUGUGAUGUGGUCAGCUGCCCCUGGUGACGUGGACCACUACGAGGUUCAGCUGCUGUUCAACGACAUGAAGGUGUUUCCCCCUAUCACUCUGGGCAGCGGUGUGGGAGAGUGUGUCCUGUCAUCCCUCACCCCUGGACGUCUUUACAAGGUCCUGGUUUCCACCUUCAGCGGGCCCAACCAGAGGGCCCAGUUCAUAGAGGGCCGCACAGUUCCCAGUAAAGUGAAGAACAUCCACGUCAGCAACAGUGGAGACAGCAGCAGUCUGAAGGUGAGCUGGACCCCAGGUCAGGGUGACGUGGACGGGUUCUCGGUGUUUCUGUACAGAGAGAGCCGACAGCUGGACCGCCGGUCUGUCCUCAAACACCAGAACGAGGUGACAUUUGGCUCCCUGCAGCCCGGACAGAAGUACACAGUGAUGGUUCAGUCAGUGAGCGGAGACCUGCUCAACAACAGCACGGCCUCCGGACGCACAGUGCCCUCAGCAGUGACGGGUCUCCAGCUGGAGAACCUGCACACCACCUGCAGCCUCCAGGUGAGCUGGCAGGAAGCUCUGGGCGUGGCUGAUGGAUACAACCUGCAGGUGGUGGACAGCAGAGGCAGUCUAGUGGCAAACUCCUCUCAGCCCUCUGGACAGACCAGGCACAGGUUCGACGGCCUCACCCCAGGAAAGAAGUACCGAGUCCUGGUGCAGACCACCAGUGGGGGGGUCCACAGCCUGGCGGUCAGCGCCGAGGCUCAGACACGCCCUGCAGCUGUCACCAGUCUGACAAUUAAAGCCAACUCCACCACCAGUCUGUCUUUCUACUGGUCUCCACCAGAGGGGGACUUUGAGCUUUAUGAGAUCCUCUUGUACAAAGGUGACGAGUCGCUGCAGGAGAGGCGACGUGUCCAGCACAACAGUCAGCAGUGCUCCUUCCAGGGCCUCAGGCCUGGAGCGCCGUAUAGGAUGGUGGUACUGACCCACAGCGGGGACCAGAGCAACCAGUCCUCCAUCUGGGCCAGGACAGUCCCAGCAGCUGUGGUGUCUCUGAGGGCCCAUAGUGGAAACCAGUCUGAUGCUCUGUGGGUGAACUGGGGUUGCGGUGGUGGAGAUCUGAGCGGAUACCUGUUGUCCCUCUACAACCCUGACGGCUCCCAUCGGGCCAGGCGGCAGCUGGGCUCAGAGGUCACGGGGUUCGUCUUUUCAGACCUGGUCCCGGGUCGUCUGUACCGAGUCGAGGUUCUGAGUCUGAGUGGGGAGCUGACCAACAAAGCCAGCACCAUGGGCCGCACCACUCCCAGACCUCCAACCUCUUUCCUGUUCAGGGGCGUCACCAACACCUCGCUGGAGAUCACGUGGAGCGGCCCCGUCGACUCCGACUAUGACGACUUCGACCUGCAGUGGACUCCCCAGGACCGGCUGUCCGUCAUCAACCCUUACCACAGCAGAACCUCCGGCAGCCGCAUCCUGAGAGGGAUGUUCCCCGGACGCCUCUACACCUUCAGCCUCCGCACCGUCAGUGGGGCCACGGAGCCCGGGGCCACCCACACCUACAGCACACCCAUCCACAACAGCAUCCGAACCAAGCCGGAGCGAGUCCACGGCCUCCACUGUCACCCUCAGAGCUCCACCUCCCUCUCCUGCUCCUGGGUGUCCCCCGAGGCUGACUACGACUCCUACACCAUCGAGUGUCUCCGCCAGGACUCCCAGACCCUGGUCUACUCUAGGCGCACCGGCCGAGACUCCACCGCCUACCUCAUCACACAGCUGGAGCCCCACAAGCGCUACACUGUCUCUGUGAAGGUGAUCUCGGACAGCGCGACCAGCGAGGCGGCUCAGGACAGCGUGGUCACCAUGAUAGACUGUCCUCCUGUGCCCCCCUUCAGCACCCGGGUCAGUGAUAAGUCUGCUGCAGUCACCAAGUCCUCCAUCUUCUUCCAGUUUAACUGUAGCUGGUUCAGCGACGUCAACGGAGCCAUCAGGUUCUUCACUGUGGUGGUGACUGAGUCUGGAGGUGUUGAUGACGUGCAGCCGGAGCAGCAGCACCCUCUGCCCUCCUACCUGGACUACAAAUUGAACAGCUCCAUCAAAUUCUACCAGACCAGUUACUUCCCCAGUCACUGCACCCAGGGCCCUGACAGUGGCUCCCGUAGCUUUGAGAUCAGUUUGGGGACAGGGAUGGACUUGCUGGGGGGCCCAUGUGACCACAGGGACACAGACCUGGAUUCAGAGACCAGCAGAGACCUGAACCGGUUCUGUGAUGGACCACUGAAACCUAAGACUGCCUACAGGCUCAGUGUCCGAGCUUUCACUCAGCUGUUUGAUGAAGAGAAGAACGACUUCUCUGUCUCGUCCCCGCUAUUCACAGACACGUACCUGUCUCUGCCCGUGGUCACCGAGGCAGAGCCUCUGAGUGGUGUGGUAGAGGGCGUCAGUGCCGGAAUGUUCCUCAUUGUCGUGUGGGUGGGAGUCACCGCAUUGCUCGUCUGCAGACACAAGGCUCGAAGAGUUGCGGAGGAGAGACCGGUGGUCAGGAUGGGUGUGAGGAGGGAGAGAGCUACAUCAGGAGUCCACCUGGGCCCCAGAGGCAACCGGCGCAUCUCAAGUCUGAUCAAGAUUGUGAACUUUGAGUCUCACUACAACAAACUUCUGGCUGACUCUAACUACCUGCUGUCAGAGGAGUACGAGGACCUGAAGGACGUCGGUCGAAAUCAGCCUCUGGACUCGGCGCUGCUGCCCGAGAACCGCGGGAAGAACCGAUACAACAACAUCCUGCCCUACGACUCGACCAGGGUGAAGCUAUCCUACGUAGACGACGACCCCUGCUCCGACUACAUCAACGCCAGCUACAUCCCAGGUAAUAAUUUUCGUCGGGAGUACAUUGCCACGCAGGGUCCUCUGCCGGGAACUAAGGAUGAUUUCUGGAAGAUGGUUUGGGAGCAGAAUGUCCACAACAUCGUGAUGGUCACUCAGUGUGUGGAGAAAGGACGGGUGAAGUGUGAUCACUACUGGCCGUGUGAUCAGGAUCCUCUGUACUACGGAGACCUGAUCGUCCAGAUGUUGUCGGAGUCUGUUCUCCCUGAGUGGACCAUACGAGAGUUCAACAUCUGCAGCGAGGAGCAGCUGAGCUUCACUCGGCUGGUUCGUCAGUUCCACUACACAGUGUGGCCCGAUCACGGAGUCCCAGAGACCACACAGUCCCUCAUCCAGUUUGUCCGCACCGUCAGGGACUACGUCAACAGGACUCCUGGAUCAGGACCCACCGUGGUCCACUGCAGUGCUGGUGUGGGUCGCACCGGGACCUUCAUUGUUCUGGAUCGAGUGCUGCAGCAGCUGAACUCCAAGGACACGCUGGAUAUCUACGGCUCCGUCUUUGACCUGCGACUUCACCGUUCACACAUGGUGCAGACUGAGCGUCAGUAUGCGUACCUCCAUCAGUGUGUCCGUGACGUUCUGAGAGCCAGAAAGCUUCGCAGUGAGCAGGAGAACCUCCUCUACCCCGUCUAUGAAAAUGUGAACUACAGCGGUCAGAGAGAGAUGCUGUGCACCAGACGUUAAAGAUUGUAAUACUGUUUUGUUAAGCACUACAGGGAAACGUGGCAAUUCUAGUUUUCUGUCAGUUUAUAUUUUAAACAACAGAUAUUUCCACAUAGAGAUGUUUAUGAUUAUUUAUGUAGCAUACAGGACUCCUGCCAACAGAACUGAACAUGUACCUACAUCAUAUGUGUUUGUUUAUAUUUUUAACAAAUAUUUCUGUAACUGCUGCUUUUUAAAUGAUGCAUUGUCUGUGUUUUAUAAGCUAUAAUAUUUGCACAUUUCAGUUCAGAUAAAUCAUAGAAAACAAAUCCAGGUUUCUGUAAACACUGUGUGAUGUGGAUCCAGUUGGUUUGUGUUCGACCAGAAGAUGAUUCACGAUGAGUCAGAGCGCUGCGAGGGCUUUGUGUCCCAGAAACAGUACAUCUGCUGCUUCUCUAAAGAAAAGCUGCAUCGUGUCACUGGGAGAGAGAUUCAUGAUGACUGGAUGGGUUACUGAACAGGCCUACAGGACACAGGACCAGGGGUCCCGAGCAUACAGGGGGGCCCCAGAGCCAGUUUUACUUUUGGCUUGGUCGCAUGUUUCUUUGACAGCGGCUCGGUGUUAGGAGAACAAAAGCUGCAUCGCAGUGUUGCUGCACGUAAGUUUACUGUUACAGCAGCUUCCAACAACAGGCAGUUUACAGCGCUUUACAUACUGUACAACAGAACAGGCAUAAAGACCAGAAACAUGAGACACUAUAAAGAGACAGGACUUAGUAAUAAGAAGAUUACAAUAACUUAAAACAGAAUAAAACAUUAGAACACAAAAUUCUAGUGCAUGUGAGAUAUAAAUAAUUGGUCCCAAGUUUAAUUUAAAACAAGUCGGACAGAAACAUCGAGUGUGAUUUAAGACUUUAUUCGGAUCAAUGUUAAUUUUUCAGCAAAACUAUGACAAAAAGUAUUUGUUGGCGAGCUGUUUGUCACUAUGAAAAUGAUGCUAAAACAGAAUAAAAAAACAUUUGAUAAUGUAGAGUAUGAUGAAACGUUUACAAAUUAAAACUUGACUAAUGUCAGAGAUGGACAAAUGGACAUGUAGUAACUCAUGUGGACCACAAACUGUGGCUCCUGAUCAGUGAAACCAAACCUCUCCUGUCCAGACGCUGACCUGUCGUUAACAAGAAGCGUCUGACAUUCAGUAACGUUCCGUCUCUGUCAGCUGACGUUAGCAUAUGUUGGAAGAAACAGGUUUAUGGAUUAAACUCAUCCACAGUCCAGAAUUAGACAGGACGACACAAACGCAGGAAAAUGCAGAAGCAGCCAACUUUUCUGAACGGGUCAGAUCACUGAACAGGAAGUGCUGCGGAUGUCACGUUGACAUUACUGUCUGUCAGACAUCUGUGUGCUGCUGUCAUCAGGAAUCAGUCAACUCCAGGAUGAAUGUGGGCAGUUGACCGUCUAAACAUACCUCACCGUCUUCAUGUUCUCCCACAGCGUAGCCUCUACUCCCAGGCUCAACCCACUGAACAGGGUUUUAGCCUGAAUGGGUCUGAAGCAGCUUCUGCAGAGCACAGGUACACACCUGUAACCAUGGUAACUGUACACAGCAAAGAUGGCAGCAGCUGUAGCCUCAAAGUGCUUAGAUGCUAAAAAUAUAAAAAAUCCUGAAUCAAAAUGAUGAGAACUAGACUAAAGCAUCUUUAAUUUUUGCAAAAUAAAACUAACAAAAAUCAAAUCACUAAAAUUUGACUAAAACGAAUGCACAUUUUUGUCAAAAGACUAAAACUACAGUAAAUUACAUCCAGAUUCCAUAAUUAGUCCUGUUUCAGAAAUGUGGACCUAAUGUCGCAGAAAGCUUUAGACGGGAGUCAGACAGCCUCUCCUCCAGUUCACCAACAGCAGCAGUUUACAGGUGUGGCCAGGGGUGAGGGUUUGGUCUUAGUGUGUGUCUAUUAUAGAUGUUAAACCACAUAUUACAGCACACUGGACUGAAGACACCUGUGACGCAGCUUCCUCACUCUCCCACUCUUUAAUAUCCUGAGAGAAAAGAUCCCACUGACUAAGAUUUUAUUGUUUAAUUAAAAAACAAAAAAAGUUACAAUUUUUAAAAAUACACUCACGGACCAGUUUAUUAACUACUCCAGUGAUAUCAGUAAUGAUUAACAUAGAGUUUACAGGGUAGAUUCACCUGAAACUAUAAAGUGAGGGGGACAGAAAUGCAGCACUGCGCUCCCCUGUGGAAGUGUCUCUGACACACAACAUCCACGAGCGGCGUGCAGUCUGUGUGUGUCUGUUGUCUUGUAACCCAUCCGUCAUGUUGUCACCAAACAGCUAAAGCCCCUAAAAACUGGGCUUCAGAUCUGGACUACUUUUCUGUAAACAUUAAAAUUUACACUGAAUAAGCAAUAAUCAAAUUUAAAGUUUAGAAAAAAACAUUCUUAGAUAUUAUUUAUUGAGAGUUUGACACUUAGAAACUGAGUGAGUGUGUUUCAUCAGAUGUAUGGAUGUGUUGGAUCAGCUUUCACUGACACCAGCUAACAAACCAUACAGUAUGUAUGAUCGGGUUUUGAUUUAAAUGCUGUUAAAUCCUCACUGUUGGACAGAAAUAUGUGACUUCUCAGAUGUAUUGUGUAACUAUGGCGGGUUCUUGUAUCACCAAAAGCUACAACUAUUUUUCUAAGCACAGAUGUAUGUAAGAUAUUAUUUCUAAAAGUGUAGUAUGUAUUUUUACCACAACAUUAUGUGUGCUUGAGUCUGUAAGAAGAGUAGAUGUUAGUGUAUGUGAGUGCAUCUCAUUAAAAGCCAGAGAAAAUGUA